AUAUUUCAACAUCAUUAUCAUCAAGCUCUUCGUUAGAAUAUUACUAAGAUCAACCAACAAUGGCUGGUAACCCAUUACAGGUAGCUUUACAAUGGAUUCAAGCUCAGCAACAAGGUCCACUCUUCCUUCCAAUCACUGUUUCCAUCAUCAUUUCUCUCUUCGUUUUCCGUUGGUUUAUCGGUGGAGAUAAGCAUAAACUACCACCAUCUCCGCCAAAGCUUCCAAUCAUUGGAAAUUUUCAUCAAUUAGGAACACUACCUCAUCGAACUCUCCGAGAUCUUUCCAACAAGUAUGGUCCUUUGAUGAUCUUAAACUUGGGUACUGCCAAAACCCUCGUCGUUUCGUCCCCUGAGAUGGCUAAGGAAAUCACUAAGACCCAUGAUCUUGUUUUCGCAAACAGACCAGCUACAAAAGGUGCUAAGAAACUUCUCUACAACUGUACUGAUGUGGGUUUUGCACCUUACGGUGAGUACUGGAGAGAAGUCAGAAAGGUAUGUGUCAGUGAACUCUUAAGUGCCAAAAGAGUUCAAUCUUUCGAAGUUGUAAGAAUAGAAGAGAUCGGAUUUUUGAUGAAGAAGAUAAAGGUUUUGAGUUUGAAGCCCGGAACGGUUGUUAAUCUGACCGAGUUGUUGCUGAAUCUUGCAAACAAUCUGAUCUCAAGAGUUGCUUUUGGAAAGUCGUAUGACGAAACAGACGGCACGAGCAGACUUGGGCACUUGACGAGGGAUGUACUAACGCUAAUGGGAGCAUUCAGCGUGGGGGAUUACUUCCCAGCGUUUGGUUGGGUCGAUGGACUCACUGGCUUGACCGGAAGGAUGGACAAGACACAUACAGAACUGGAUGCUUUCUUUGAUCAAGUCAUUGAAGAUCAUUUGAAUAACAAAUUAGGAAGUUCUAAUCAUGAUCAUGAAACCAUUAUCGAUACGUUGCUUCGUGUUCAGAAAGACAAAACCACCAACAUCACUCUCGUUCGAGACAAUAUCAAAGCCAUUGUCCUGGAUUUAUUCGUAGCUGGAACAGAUACAGUCUCAGUUGUUGUUGAGUGGGCAAUGGUUGAACUCGUAAAGAAUCCGGAGAUGAUGAAGAAAGCUCAAGAGGAGGUACGCCGAGUAGUUGGAGAUAAAUCAAGGGUUGACGAAGACGAUAUUCAUCACAUGGAUUACGUAAAAUGCGUUGUCAAAGAGAUUCUUAGACUACAUCCACCAGUCCCAUUAUUGGUUCCAAGAGAAUCGAGUGAAGAAACUAUUAUUAAUGGAUUUCACAUCCCAGCAAAAACAAGAGUGUUUGUUAAUUCAUGGGCAAUCCAAAGAGAUCCAAACUCAUGGAAAGAUCCUGAAGAAUUCAUCCCGGAGAGAUUCGUUGACAAUCCUGUUAAUUAUAGUGGACAGCAUUUUGAAUACCUGCCAUUUGGUGCUGGAAGAAGGGGUUGUCCUGGAAUGCAAUUUGGUUUAAUAGCUUCCGAACUACUUCUUGCGAAUCUCUUGUUUUGGUUUGACUGGAAACUGCCUUUAAAUGGUUCGGGUAAACCAAAUCUUGACAUGGAUGAAUCUUUUGGACUUACCGUCUACAAGAAAAAUCCUACUUAUAUCAUUCCAAGCUUGCACUGAAUGACUCAAGGUGGUUGAUACAAUGGUCUCUUAGUUCGGUUCGGUUCGCCAUUAUAUUGUUUAGGAGUACUAAUUGCUUUUAAUUCGAUUUGAUUGUGAUUCAGUGUACAAGUUUUUCUAUUUGGUUGUAAACGUUUGUGUGUGCAAUAAAAAAUGUCCGAGCGACAAGUUUCAAAGCCGCCGUGAGUUACCAUCUCAGGCAACA